ACAUCCCAACGGUUGAUGUACCACCCAGAGGUACCGGAACGCUAUUACCUACCGGCUAUUCGACCUAGGAUUCUUCGUCCAAAGGCACUGAGCGGGCGACCACAAAUAUAAAGAUGAACUACAAGAUAGCCGACCCAAACCAAUCCAUCAGCAACGGCACCUGCUUCUACGCACGAGGAAAGACUUCCAACUUGAGAUUCAUACCCUGCGGUAACGCGGUAUUUGGCAAUAUUCACUGCUGUCAGGCGGAGGACACCUGCCUCGAGGACAGCGCCUGCUACAAUGGCAGAUACGGCACGACUUACCUGGCGGGCUGUACCGACCCCGACUACGAGGACGAGAGCUGUCCCGACAAGACAUUGUGGGACGGUAUGACGGUAGCUACCACAAUGAGUUGUGCCCUGGCAAAAGCUGACAGGUGACAAACGCAACCUCCAGAGUAUCCAUGGGCUGGUCUGAUAUACUGCAGACCCAACCAAUGGUGGGUGCCUCGUGCGGUCGCCCCGUUCUCUCUCGAGGCUACAAGGACCAAAUGCUGACUUAAUAUACCAAAUCAAGGAUAGCAUGCGAACAGACGGAAAAGCCGUCAACGAUUACCACGGGCGAUGACUGCACCUGCGAUCCCAACAUCGAGUCGAGAACCGCCGCCUUCACAGACGGGUCGAUCAUCGGAUCAAUCGCGAUUCUCCCAACCGCAUCCGGGGGCUGGAUCGAGUGGCUUCCUGGUCACCUGCCGUCCGCCAUCCCGUCCUCCACGUCUUCUUCCACCGCCCAC